AUGCCAGAGACCGAAGCUAUCAAAGAAGCAGAAGCCGCCAAACCAGAGGAUGUAGGCGAACCUUUACCAGAAAAGACAAAGAAGAAGAGAGGAAGGCCAGCAGCGGCGGAUGGCACGGCUAAACCAAAGGUCAAGCGAAAUCUGGAUACACCACCUGUGCACGAUAUGAUUGUUGAGGCACUGGAUGUUCUACGCGACCGGAAGGGAACUACAUUGCCGGCUAUCAAACGUUAUAUGGAGGAAAACUUUAAGGUUGAUUCUACCAAACUGAGCCCAUUCAUCCGAAGAGCUUUGGUGAAUGGUGUCAACGAUGGUCACAUUAUUCGAACUCGCGGCACCGGAGCUAUGGGACGGUUCAAAGUCAAAACUGCUAAACCAACUAUGCUUAAAAAACGACAAGCACCGCAGGAUUACACUGAACUACCUAUGAUUAAGAAACGGUCACGUCCUACUAUGCCUAAAAAAGAAAAGGUGGCACCUGAGAAAGAUGAAUCUCCUAAGCAGAAAUCAACGAAACCGUCAAAAGUGGAAACAGCUAAAUCAAGCCCCAAGAAGGCACCAAAACCAAAGAAAGGUCGCUCCGGUCGCAAGAAAAAUUAA